AUGCAACCAUUAUCAUUAACUGCUAAUACAUAUUCUGAUUGUUAUUUACAAAUACGUCGUGGUAAACAAACAAUAUUUACUGAUGUUGCUGAAACAACAACAUUAUUAGAAUUAAAACAAAUUAUUGCAAAUAUACUUAAAAUAAAUCCUGAAAUAAUACGUUUAACAUAUAAAGGACAAAUACUUGAUAUUGAUGGUAAACAUUUACAUGAAUAUGGUAUUAUAACUAAAGAAGGUCGACCACAAACACCACUUCAAUUAGAAUUUGUUCUUCAAUUAGAUGAUGGAACAUAUGAAUCAGAAGAAAUUAUUCCUUAUACUGCAGAAAGUAAUACUCGACCUGAUGAUUCACAACAAAUGGGAAUUCCAAUAGAUUCAAAAUAA